AUGAAAACGCCCGAAUUCAGUCUAGACUCGCUGAAGAAAAAGCGAAAGAAAAGGAAGAAGCAGUUGGACUACGAAAAGUUCAAUGCACACUAUUUCUUGAAAUUACCCAUUUUCAUCAUUCUCAUGAUUGUAUUUUUCCUAAACGCCUUUAUAUAUAUAUUGAUAAGGUUCUGUAUCUUCAUAUGCGAGAAUGUGGCCUUUUUCCUGACAACAAAGUACACGGAUUUUUGUAGAUGCUUGAAAAGGAGGUCAAAUGGGCAGGCAAGUGGUCAGACAGGAGGUGAAUCAGUUAGUUCGAAUGGAGGAAAAAGAACCCACGGUAAUAUGCAUCAUAUGCGCGGCGUAGAUAAGGCAGAGGAAAGCAUUUUUAAGAUAGACAGACUAAUGCGCUCAUGCAGUAGUUAUAAGGACUACAUAAAGUAUGCCUACCGAAUGGAUGAGCUGACUGGCAAAACAAUCCACAUAAAUGAAAACGACGAUUAUAUAAAUACUUAUGAUGUGAAUUUACUAAAAAAAACAAGUCAGAGAAUAAAAAAAAAUUUAAGGAACAAUGAUGUGUUGAGGUUACUAGAGGAUAUUAAAGUAGCCACCUCACCAACAAUUAAAGCCAUUUUUAAGGAGAAAUAUUAUUGCAAGACUUAUUCUACGCCACACAUUAUAGUGACAGAUUUUAUAACGCAUGUGAUGGAGGGACUGGAGUUUGUGGAUCGCUACGUGCACCAACAGAAGGAAACGAACUUGAGUUAUAUUUUUUCUGAUGAGUAUUUACUCAUUAAGCGGAUUUUUAAGGAUAUCUUUCGACAGUGGGGUAAUACUGCUUUGUUUCUCAGCGGAGGUGCCAUUUUGGGUCUUCACCAUUUUGGCGUCUUGGAGGUUUUUCUAAAGUCAUCCAUUAAUGUGAACUACUUUGAGGAAUGCUCAGCCGGGGGCGGGCAAUCCAGUCGGCAUGGUCAGCCUAAUCAGGAGAGUGCACAUAUUCGGGAUGAGUGCAAAGGGGGUUGCUCCUCCAAGGAUAAAGGAGGCACCCAUGAGGAAAGUGUAGGGCGUAGUGCAAAGGGACAACCCCUCGUAGUUAGGAACCCCCCCCCAGGUGCUAAGCCACCCAAAGAGAAAGACGCAAAGGCUACCAACAAUGCAGAAAAAGGAAAGACGGGCAAAGUAGACCUAAUUAGGAAAUUUCUUUUCAGUGGCAGCCGACUUUGUAAGCAUUCGGGAUACACCCCCGUGGAGGGGAUGCACCAUGACGGAAGGGCGUCCAUGAGUUCUAGCGAGGGCAGCUCGGGUGAGUUCUCCUUCAGCAGUAGCAACUCCUCGUUGAGCGAGCUGGACUUGGGCUCGUUGCCCGGUGAAGCAGUAGCAAAUAAAGUACGUCACGGAAGUGGUGAAUCAGAUACCCCCCCAAAGAUGAAUAACAUGAAUGACCAGAUCAUGGGGGAAGGGAGGACCAACCCAAAUGGCUCCCCAAAUGACUUCUCGAGCAGCCCCUCGAAGAGUAGUGAUCCCGCCUCAAGCCAAGAAAAGGAUUUCGAUUUCGUCCCCAACUUCGAAGACAACAUCCUGCCGCAAAUUAUAUGCGGGACCUCUGCAGGAAGCAUCGUUGCUGCAUGGGUGUGCUCUAGAACGAACAAAGAGUUGUUAGAAGAAUUUAACAUUGAAUUUAUUUAUCAGAUCGUUUCUUGUUUUUCCUCAGAAAAUAGGCUUUACUCUUUUUUUAACAUUUACAGAAAGGGAAACUUUUACGACAUAGACAAAAUUGUAAAACUAAUUCAUAACCUUUACGGUGACAUGACCUUCCUGGAGGCCUUCAUAAAAACCAACUUGGUCUUAAAUAUUACUGUGACCAGAGCAGAGUCGGGAAAUACGAAUUUCCCAUGUGAUGAGGACGGACAUAUGGUUUUAAAUUAUAUGAAUAGCCCUAAUGUGUUGAUUUAUACGGCUGUUUUGGCUAGCUGUUCUUUUCCCUACCUGAUGCAGCCAUUUAAAUUGUUGGAGAAAAAAUACAACAGGGAGAACGUCUACAGGUUCAUGUCUGUGAAGGAGGUGAGUAAUGCCAAGUUCAUUCUUAAUAGCAACAGUGCGUUUAACCAGAGGAGUCAUUUGGGGGAGACGGAGCGAGGGCCUAGUGGGGUCAGCUUGGUUAGUGCGGUCAGUCCGGGCAGUGAAAACGGUGACGUUGGGGAAGCAAGUAUAUCGAGCGAUCCUAGCAAUCUGAGUGGGCUGUCCGAAAGUGCAACGCAAUCAGAUCCAGCAAACGGCGGACACCCCAAGGAUACAAUACGCCCCACAGCGCAGAAGAAGCAAUUCGAGCUACACGAGAAGGUUAACUCCGUAAGCGCAACAACAGAUGUGAGCGUGAAGGAUGAAACGGAUCCUAGGAAAAGCAUUUUUCAUAAGGGUACUCCUCCCCCUAGUGUGCGGCUCAAAUUGAGCUCGUCGGGGUGCUCAGAUGAUCCAGAAGGAAGGAAGAAGGGAAAGGACAAAGGGGUGGUCCUUCCUGGCAGGACGAUCAGUGCCAACCGUGUGGAAACAUCGCAGCGGAAUGCUAAGAGUAAAAACGGAACGGUGGAAGGAGGCAACACACCCGCUGGAAGAGGUCAAAGUGGCUCAGACGAACAGGAGGACCAUUCGGAAGGAGAUGAGCCAAAGAACAAAGCAAGCGAAUGCAUCGACCUUAAUGAAUACAAAAAUAUAAACCUUAUCGAUGAGGAGUACACCAUAAUAAACAGCGUGCAGUUCAAGAACACCUACUUCCAUGACGGAUCCUUAAAAAGCGACAUUCCGGCACAUAAUUUAAACCAGAUUUUAUCGGUGAAGUAUAAAAUCGUUUCGCAGGUGAAUCCCCAUGUGUUCCCUUUCACAGGGGUUCGAGUCCACGGGGAAGCAGGCAAACCCGUAAAAUGGAGGGGCAACUCUGGUCACUGGAGGGCUGGAUUUUUAAUGUCCUCUAUGGAAAUAUUAUUUAAAGAAAAUAUGCGGUACAUUUUGAGGCUAAUGGCGUUGCUGGAUUUGUCUCCCACGAUCCGGGGUCUGAACGCGGGCUCCAUCGCGAUGCAGAACUACAACGGAGACAUCACCCUGCACCCGAAGCGCCUCUACCUCAGGCACUUCAAGUUGAUCAGCGUGUCAAACUACGACGACGUGGAGUGGUACAUACAGCAGGGAAGGCAAAUGACCUUCCAGAAGCUCCCCCUCAUUCUAAACAGAAUGAAAAUAGAGAAAAAGUUGAUUCAGAUGAAGAAGUCCUUCUUUUGA